UCGACCCCCGAAAGGAUGAAAGGCAUGGUCGACCUCGGCGGAAUUUGAACUCGGAAAGGUAACGGCACGUCCAAAUAUAGAAAUAUAGAUAUAUGCACAUCCAAAAAUGAAACUGACGUCAGUACGCAUGCGUAGUUAGAGAAAGAUUUUCACGUCCGCUUUCAUAUCCACCUUUGCUUAAUUCGUUGUCUUUUCUUCGAUAUUUCUCAUCUCCCUGUCACAGUCCGACACUCUUGUACUUCAUAAAACAUUUCCAUUAUCAGAUAAUAUUUACGAUUAAAGAAUUCUUUACAGUGGAUACAUCUUCAUUAUUUAUCAUCUUUUGAAGGCAAAAAGAAAAUGUUUUACUGAACUUCUAUAAUUGUUUACAUAAACUUGUGGAUAAUUUAUUUUCAUGAGGUGAGAAAAAUUAUGGAAGUUGAAUUAUGUGAGAAGAAUGAAGAAUUUAAAUCACAAUGUAAAACUUCUGAUUUUCCUGAAGAUAUAAAGAAAGAGGAAAAAGAAACACCUUAUCACUGUGAUACAUGUGAUAGAUCAUUCUCUGAGAGAUGUCACCUCAAUAAACACAAAUGUAUUCAAACGAGGGAGCGACCAUAUCAGUGUAAUAAUUGUGGUAAAUCAUUUUCGCAUAACCGUAAUUUAAUUGUUCACAUACGUAUUCAUACUGGAGAGAGACCGUAUCAUUGUGAUAUCUGUGACAGAUCUUUCUCCACAGGAAGCAGCUUGACUAAACACACACGCAUUCAUACAGGAGAGAAACCAUUCCACUGCGAUCUCUGCGGGAAAUCGUUCUCUGGCAGUAGUGACUUGACUCAACAUAAGCGCUUUCAUACAGGUGAAAAGCCAUAUCAGUGUGAUAUCUGUAAUAAAUCAUUCUCGCAGAGUGGACACUUAACUGUACACAGACGUAUUCAUACGGGAGAAAAACCAUAUCAGUGUGAUAUCUGUAGUAAGACCUUCUCUGAAAGCAGUCCCUUAAUUCAACAUACGCGUAUUCAUACGGGAGAGAAACCAUAUCACUGUGAUAUCUGUGGUAGAUCAUUCACACAAAGUACCCACCUAACUAUACAUAGACGUAAGCACGCAGGCAAAAAACUCUAUCCUUGUGAUAUCUGUGGUAAAUCAUUCUCUCGAACUGGUCUAUUGGCUCUUCAUAAAUUAGAUUGUAAUUAAACAAAAUUGUUUCAAGUGUGAGCAUGACAGAAACUGUAAUGAAAUUUCAAGAUGUAGUCUCUUGUGAUUAUCAAGAGUAAAGUUGAGGUACAUGGCCUAGUGGUUAGAGCAGCGGACUCGCGGUCGAGGGAUUGCGGGUUCGAAUCUCAGACCGGGCGAUGUGUGUGUUUAUGAGCGAAACAUCUAAGCUCCACACGGCUCUGGCAGAAG